GAUAACAGUGUUUUCUUGUUUCCUUGGAUAGGCAUCUCUGUAAGUGUGUCAACGUUUAAUCUGGUUGCCAUAUCUCUGGAGAGGUACAGUGCAAUUUGCAAGCCAUUACAGUCACGAGUGUGGCAAACAAAGUCACAUGCCUUGAAAGUAAUUGCGGUUACUUGGUUCCUGUCCUUUACGAUCAUGUUACCAUACCCAAUUUACAGUACAUUGGUGCCAUUUCCAAAGUCUGAGAAUGUGACGGGCAACAUGUGUAGGCUGGAGUGGCCCAGCGACCUCACACAACAGUCAUGGUAUAUCUUCCUCUUGUUAAUCCUGUUCCUUCUUCCUGGGAUUGUAAUGACUAUUGCAUAUGCAUUUAUAUCUUUGGAGCUGUACAGAGGAAUCAAGUUUGAGGUGAACCAAAAGAAAGAACGGACAAGCAGUAUAAGCAGUAAUCAGUUUGAGAAUGGAGAUGGUUGUUAUCUACAGAAGACAAAAAGAAAGAAAAAAAAAGUUGAAAUGCGUCAGCUCUCUGCACCCAACAAC